GGGGGGAGUGCAAUGGGCAAUAGCAAAGGGGAGUAAGCGUUAGGAACCAGGCAAGUCAUUGAAGACAUGAAAACCCCCAACUCGCAGGAGGCUGAAGGGCAACAAACCAGGGCAGUUGCAGGACGGGCCACUGGGUCUACAAACAUGACGAAGAAAAAAGCCUCCCAAAAGAAGCAGAGAGGCAGACCUUCGUCCCAGCUCCGCAGGAACAUCGUGGGCUGCAGAAUUUCACACGGUUGGAAGGAAGGCGAUGAGCCCAUCACCCAGUGGAAAGGAACCGUUCUGGAUCAGGUGCCUAUAAAUCCUUCUCUUUAUCUGGUGAAAUAUGAUGGAAUUGACUGUGUCUAUGGACUGGAACUUCACAGAGAUGAAAGAGUUUUGUCUCUUAAAAUUCUUUCCGACAGGGUGGCAUCAUCUCAAGUCAGUGAUGCAAACCUUGCAAAUACCAUAAUUGGUAAAGCUGUGGAACAUAUGUUUGAGGGUGAGCAUGGUUCUAAGGAUGAAUGGAGAGGAAUGGUCUUAGCCCAAGCACCCAUCAUGAAAGCCUGGUUUUAUAUUACCUAUGAGAAAGAUCCUGUCUUGUACAUGUACCAGCUUCUAGAUGAUUACAAAGAAGGAGACCUCCGUAUCAUGCCAGAGUCCAAUGAGUCUCCUCCAGCAGAGAGGGAGCCAGGAGGAGUUGUAGAUGGCCUGAUAGGUAAACACGUGGAAUAUACCAAAGAAGAUGGCUCCAAACGGAUCGGCAUGGUCAUUCACCAAGUGGAAGCCAAACCCUCUGUGUAUUUCAUCAAGUUUGAUGAUGAUUUCCAUAUCUAUGUCUAUGAUUUGGUAAAAAAGUCUUAACUGUUAGGGUAAACUUUGCCACAUUUGUGAAAACAAAUGUGUACUUUGUAGACAUGCAAAAUAAUGUUACUUUUCAGUGUAUCGAAAGCUUUAGGGUCCCUGUUGAUUCAGCAUCUUUGCCAGCAUAACUGUUGUUUUGUCCUGAAAAAUACAAAUUUAUGUGGCCGUGA